AUGGAUUCAAGAAAUGCAGUUUGUUUCCUUUAUAUGAAGAGGCUGUUGAUUAUACUAAAUGUGUUAAAGAUCCCAGACAUCGAUAUUGCUAUGAAAGUUAUACGAGCUGCAAACCUAGAUUCAAAACGUGGAAUUGAUACAAACGUAAUUUUAAAGGAAUUAAAUGAUAUAAAAUCAAAAACUGGAAGAGGCAAAUUCACUUCCAAAAUAAAAAGUUCACAAAAAUCUACACCUAAAUUCACAAAUUCCCCUGAUAAGAACGUAUUUAUACUUGAUACUCACAAAGUUGGCUCGUAUGUUACUUUAGACAGUAUUUCUGUUAUCACGUUUGAUCUCAGUGACUCAAAAUCAAUUAUAACGAAAACAGAGAUUGCCUUUUUAAAUUAUACAGAUUUGGGCUCAAAUAUUCAACUUAUGAGCAAAACACAUGAAAACAGUAAUGAUAUAUUAUCCGAUUGGACGGACUUAAGCAAACUUAAUAUUCGUUCGCAAGAUAUUGACAGACAAAUAGAAGUAAUGAAGGAUACAUUUCAUAAUUUUAUAAAAGGUACGCCACCAAUAGACUUAGAUUUACAAAAUGUUAUAUCUACAUCUAUUGUUACAACAUCAGAAAUUUACGAAGAGCAUAAAUUUAAUAAUUAA